AUGGCAUCCACCAAUUCGGGUUUUGCAACGGGAAGGGAGCACAACGUCGAUGUUCGCCGGAGGAAUGUUGCGGAUUCUGAAAGGUCCGAUGUGCUCCCUGGCCCCCCAGCGGAUCAGGAUGUUGACACGAAGAAGCCUCCAAAGUCGUUCCUCGCCAUCCUGGAUGAAUGGGAAUUCAUCAUUGCUCCAGUGAUCUUUACGGCGAUCUCAUUCUUCACCCGGAUGUAUCGAAUCGGACUGUCCAAUAUCGUCACAUGGGAUGAAGCUCACUUUGGUAAAUUUGGCUCGCACUAUCUCAAGCGUGAAUUUUAUUUCGACGUUCACCCGCCGCUGGGGAAGAUGCUAGUCGGUCUAUCGGGCUAUCUUGCCGGGUACAAUGGUUCCUUCGAAUUCAAAUCAGGAGAAAAGUACCCAGAAGAUGUCAACUACACAUUUAUGCGAGUCUUUAAUGCCUUCUUUGGCGUGACCGACCGUCUGGUUAAUCAGUUUAAUGGUCCUGUUUGA